UGGCUGCCUUUAAUAUUGGUAUGAAGCCCUGGCCAUUGCUCUAUAGCAUGACGAUAAAUUCAAUCCUGGGGCCAGAUAACUCUUAUCUCGCUGACCCGACUGCUCACGCCUGCUUUCGUAAUCUCGGUUUACCCAUCCACGUCGAGUAAGGAGAGGGAAAAAAAGAAAAGGAAAAAGAGGAAAGGGGUUUCUCUCUGCUCUUCCCUUUUUUUGUUGUGGCUGCUAAUGCCUGGUGCAUGGCAGGGCGCAGUCUGCUGCUGCUGCUGCUUCACCCAGUCAGCCCUGCCUUUUAAACUUUUUCCCCUGGAUUACUGCUUUGAUCGAUUUCGUCGCUGAAUGAGAAAGUAUUGCUCGCUGCUGUGCAUUCGUCGUCAGAGGAUAAGGUUCACCCGAGGAGGCCAUUGGCGGAGAGGCGUCACGUGACCACGGGGUGCCAAUGUUAUUCUACACGGGUGUCAAGACCCUGUCAGUUUCUGAAAUAAAUAUUGGGAAACGGCGAGAUGCAAAAGGCAACCUACUACGACAGCUCCGCAAUUUACAGUGGCUACCCAUAUCAAAGCGCAAAUGGCUUCAGUUAUGAUGCCAAUCAGGUCCAAUAUCCCCGGGCCUCUCAUGUGGAAAGUGAGUACCAUCGACCUGCCUGCUCCCUGCAGUCUCCUGACGGCUCCGUGGCGCUGCAGAAGCCGGGGGAGAUGGCGGAGGGCUGCGACAGGACCACAGCCAUUCAGGCGGCGCAGUCCCAGGUCCAUCCCGAAAGCAAUCAACCGCAGGUGCCGGUGUCAGGUCCGCCCCCUCCCUCCCAAUCCCCCGGGGCCAUCAGCCAAAACGCGAGCAACGGGUCCAGCCAGCCCGGUGCCAAGAACGACUCACCGACCACCAACGCGCGAGGCAAACAGAUCUUCCCCUGGAUGAAGGAGUCCCGACAGAACACCAAGCAGAAACCCAGCGGUAGCACCAGUUCAGUGGAGAGUUGCCCCGGAGACAAGAGUCCCCCAGGGUCAGCGGCGUCGAAGAGGGCCCGGACAGCUUACACCAGCGCCCAGCUAGUGGAGCUGGAGAAGGAGUUCCACUUCAACCGGUACCUUUGCAGACCCCGGAGGGUGGAGAUGGCGAACCUGCUCAACCUCACCGAGAGACAGAUCAAAAUCUGGUUCCAGAACCGCAGGAUGAAAUACAAGAAGGAUCAGAAGGGCGUGGGGAUGAUGCCUUCCCCUGGCGGACAGUCCCCGCGGAGCCCCGUGGGCCCGGCCUCCGGCGGUGGAGGAUACCUCAACUCUAUGCAUUCUCUUGUAAACAGUGUUCCUUAUGAAUCCCAGUCACCGACGUCUUACAAUAAACCGCACCAGAACGCGUACGGUAUGGCCACGUCAUACCCCCCUCCUUUGAACAGCUCCCUCAGCAACUGCCCGCCCUCCCAGAAGAGGUAUCCCGGGACCGACUCGGCCACGCCCGAGUAUGACGCGCAUCCUCUCCAAGGCAAUGGCAACUACGGGACGCACAUGCAGGGCAGCCCCGUUUAUGUCGGCGGAGGCUACAUCGAGUCUAUGCCCAACUCCGGGGCCUCCGUUUUCGGUCUGACCCACCUCUCGCACCCGCCGUCCACAAACAUGGACUACAAUGGAGCAAUCACAAUGGGUCACAACAGUCAGCACCACGGAGUGUGUGAUCCGACACCGACGUACACAGACCUAACGCCGCACUACUCUCAGGGAAGAAUCCAGGAAGCGCCCAAGCUGACGCAUCUGUAGCGGUGGCGCAGCUCGGAUCACUCCGCCCCAUUGUCUUACCCACCUACAGACACAUUACCGCUUUGUUUCUGCGCCUCCAUCACGGCUUCCGCCUCCUCUCCGCUUUUGUUUAUGUUUUCUAUAGUUUUGAUGUGUGAAGUAGCGUAGGAUGAAUAAUCGCGACUUGCUUGGAUUUUUUCCUCUAUUUGCUCGUGUCAUUGUCUUUCAAAGACCUUUAUCUGGGCUGUAGGACUCUAGAGCGGGAGGGAGGGGGGCACAGUAUAUGCAUAGGCCUAUUUAAUCUUCUUUUGUUUUUUUUACAUCUUAUUUUUAAUGCUGAAACGCAAACAGGGUAUUAUGAACGUAUGUUAUUCAUUUUUAAUGUGAAUUUGUCCGUGUUUUUUUAUUUAUCCGCAGUUGAAGAAUUGUGUUUUGCAUUUUGUUGCACUUGUGAAAGGAUCCUUCAGGAGCCACGAGCUCGGAUUAUGAGGGAAACACAUUUUCAAGAAGAAAAAAAAAUCAAGGGUCAUGAGCUUAAACGCAGCCCCCUUGCUUUUGUUUAGUUCUAUUGGACUUUUUCUAAUGUUAUUUAUUUUGUUUGGUGUUAAGAUAAGAGUCCUUUAGUAUUAUUUGACCCCCCCCUGCAAUCUUUGUGUGGGGAGAAGGUUGCUGGAUAUUAGCGUGUCGGCCCUCUACGUGUAGUCUGCAGCUCCCCAGCAGCAGCAGCAGCAGCAGCACCAUGUUGGUAUUAUAGCCUAUGUUUCCAUUUUUCUUUUCUUCGAGGAGGUAUUUUGUUUUCUCCACCAAUGUAAAAUCAAUCAGUCAUGCAAUAAGUGUGGAUGGAGAAGGGACACACGUUAGCAGUUUCUUUAUUGAAGAAAAAAAGGAACAGACCAUCAUCAAUUUUCUUUUCGAUGUCAUACAUUCCAUGCUGCUCCCGUUCGAAGAAAUGAAUAAAAAGAAUUGAAAUAUAAUUGUAGCAUAUCAUUCAGUUUUCAGUUCAAACGCAUCCCAUCACAAAUUCGAAAA